CUGACAUACAUCGAAAGAAAAUAGUAAUUAAGUUUAACCAAUUUUUUUUUUUUUUUUUUAAAUCCUCUCAAAAUAUUCUUAUAUUGUACAGAAUAAAAAGUGAGUAAUUCAUAAAAAAAAAAUUGCAUAUUUAUUUAUAAUCAUAGUAAAAUAGAUUGAGAAAAUGGAAGUGGAUUCAGAAAAUAUUCAAAAAAAGACUAAACAUUUUGGCAGAAAUUUGAGAAAAAGACGAAACGUUUUUAUUAGCAAAAAAACUGUGAAACAUAGAACGCGAAGAAGUAAAAUAUUACAAAUCAGAAAAUCAGUUCGAAGGCACAAAUCACUAGAAGCACUUGAUAAACACAACUUAUCAGAAAAUGCACAGAAUUCAUUGAUGUCAUUAUCAUCGGCCACUAGUAUAGGCAGUGUAAUUUACUUAGGAUAUUAUCGAAAAAUUCCCCAAUUAAUAACAUUGGACGACAACAAUGAUUCGGUUAAAAUACAAAAUGAAAAUAAAUUACAACAACCAAUAACUGAUGAUAAAACAAUUAAAGCCUCAUCAACUACCUUAGAGGAAAAUACCUCUGAAGAAAUGAUAAAUAAUUCAUCUGAUAUUCAACAUACAAAUUAUUUAUUAGAAUUACUUAAUGAUAUGUGCGUUGGUAGCACUAAUAAAAGAACUACAAGAACAAGAGUACGUCGAGGGAAAAAUUUAACAAUGAAAAAAAAAGUAAAUUAAAAAUUAAGCUGAUCAAAUGUAAAAGACAAUAAAUGAAAAUCGACAAUUUUAAACUAAUCGAAAUAAGUUCAAUUAUUAAUUAUAAAUUAAAUACAAUUUACCAUUGAUAU